CAAAAAUGCUUCUUUAAGCACCCACAAAAACUCCUUUGGAAAAAUCGCGAUCUGCUGCUGUGCUUAAAAACGGCCUUUACUCCCAUAGUAAAUGACUCCAAGUCUCCAAGACUCCAACAUACCUUGAGAGUUGAGAUCAUCUUAGAAUCAGUAAGAAAUUUCUCAUCAGCUGGUGGAUGCAAGAAUAUGAUAGUGACCUGACUUCCAUCUGCAAAUCUCACUUUUACUAACCUAUUAAUAACAGGACAUCAAAGUUCUCCUUUCAAUUUCCUUAGAGAGAUGUCAAGGAGAUCUGGGAAUUGCUUAAGGUGCUGCUUGGUGAUCUUUGCUGUGGUUUCAGCUCUGUGUGUAUCUGGGCCUGCUCUUUACUGGAAAUUCAAGAAAGCUCUAAAGCUCAAAGCUUAUUGUACUCCUUGCAAAUGUGACUGCUCUCCACCACUUUCCAUUCUCGAUGUUGCUCCUGGUCUGGCAAAUCUAACAGUUAAAGACUGUGGAAAAGACGACCCAGAUCUCAAGGACGAGAUGGAGAAGCAGUAUGUGGAUUUACUAUCAGAAGAGCUAAGGCUUCAGGAAGCAGUAGACCGAGAACGCAUGCAUCGCAUGAACAUUACAGUGACGGAGGCCCGAAGGUUAGCUUCAGAAUACCAGAUGGAGGGUGAGAAGUGUAAUAUUGCCACCGAAACAUGCGAGGUGAGAAGAGAGGGUGCUGAGGUUUUGCUCGCCAAGGAGAAGAAGCUGGCAGCUACGUGGGAGAAAAGAGCACGCCACUUGGGUUGGUCCGGGAAUUAAACAGCUAUAUUCCGUCUAUAGAGUGCUGGUCCUUGUUUUGUUUUUGUUAUUAUUGAUAUUGUUAUUAUUGUUGCUGGGUAUAAUUAUCUCAAAAGUUAGUCUGCUCAAGGAAACGGCUAAGGGACUGAAGCCCAAGCAGAUGGAGAAGUGGAAGACAACAGUUUGUAGUUCGUCCUGUGGUAGUUAAAUGUUUUUCAUCUGUAUCCUUAAUUAUUGAAUAUUCUGUAACAUUAGACUUACUGAUCUCCUUUGGUGUAUUAAAGAGUGUAAUAUUAAUAGAUAAAUAGCCUACACCUGAAAAUGUGUAUUCGGCUUUCUACGUUCUGAAAUACCGACUUUCCAUAGCAUGCAACCAAUGUGUUACUUUCCUAGUUUCAUCUAUACAAAAACUCUUUAGUUUAUUUUUUACUUGAUAAUGUUCAUUUUUCUAGUCUGG